UUUUCUUCAACAAAAUAAUCCAAGUGUUGCUGGUCAACAUCACCGUCUUUCCUUACUCGUCUUUCGAUCUCGAUCUCACUCACUCCUCGAUAACUGGCUUGUCGGACAAUCUUCACGGCAUCAAGGCCAUAUUCACAUAAUCUUCUACUACCAACCUAUUCCUAUUUCCAACCACAUUACACGCCCGCAAAAUGGGUCUCAAAACUGGGGCCAGAAAUGUAGGAGAAGCGGGGGUGAACUUCUUUUAUGGACCCUACUUCAAAUUCUUCAAAUGGGCCCCCCUCACCUUCAUCAUCCCCACCAUCCUCUUCCUCACCCUCUCCCUCUCCGGCUGCCUCUCCUCGGCACCCACCAUCCCCUCCCUCUACGUCGUCGCCCUGACCUCCUCCUCCAACGGCACUAUCGCCUCCAUGCAAGUCCGCCUCGGCUACUUCGGCAUGUGCGGCGACGACGGCGACACGCGCACCUGUCUUUCGGCGGCGGGCCACUACGACCCGGACGAGCCCAAGGACAUCGUCAAGCUCACCGAGCUUUUAUUCCCUCAAGUCAUGAACAACAGCAACGCCCGCGGCGCCAUCCCGGAACUGCAGAACAUGGUCUUGACAGGGCUGGAUCUGCAGGAUCAGAUCUUUGGCAAAGUGCUGCUCACCGGCUCGGCGCUGUUCGCCAUCGGCUUGGUCCUCAUGUUUCCGUACAAGCUGGUCAAGAGGCAGCUGGCUAAGCUGGCGCCCGGUACCCCGCUCACCAAAAAGCAGCAGUUUGUAAGAAGGGGGUGUUACUCUGCUAUCUGGAUGGGGGUGAUGAUUGUUUUUGCGGCGUGUAUCGGGACUACCGAGACCGCUGGUGCGCUGGGACAUGCGACGCGCAAUAUCAAGGGCAGCGCGAUCCUGAUGAAGGAGGGCGUGACGCUACAGGUGCUGCAGUGGAUGGCGUUUGGGUUCAUGUUCCUCUUUGUGCUGACGAUGCCCGUCAUGUUGUUCGUCAGGAGGGAGAACCCCCUGGAUCAGUUUAUGAGUGCGGAGGGGAUUAAGGAGAAGGCGUUUGGUUUUGCGAAGGAUUACGCGAUGGAUAAAGUCAAGAAGCCCAAGAGGGCCAAGUUUUUUGGGAGGCAGAAGUCCCAGCAGGAGGAUAUGGUGUGAGCUGUGGGUGGAGGGGAAGGGGA